UCAGAAAUCUAGCAGAUGUCAGGAUCAGAUCAACAUCGAAAACAUCGGUUAGAUGCAGAUACAAUCUCUGACAGCUUCAAAACACUAAAGAAGACAAUGUCAAGAGAGUUGCCGUUCAACUUUGAGCAAUGGACAGUGGAUCAAACAUGUCAGUACCUUCAACAAGAAGGACUUGGAGAAUGGAAAGAUAAAUUUGAAGAACAAAAAAUCACUGGUGCCGAGCUGCGAAACCUCACGAUUUCUGAUCUGGAGAAGAUGGGCAUAGAGCUACCUGGUGACUGUCUGAAAAUCCUGCACAAUAUCAGAAAGCUCUGGGAGAUUCCACAACAAGUCAAGGUGUUUAAUGAUCCCAUCCAUGGGCAUGUGGAGUUACAUCCAUUUCUCAUCAAAAUCAUUGACACACCUCAGUUCCAGAGACUUCGAAACAUCAAGCAGCUUGGGGGAGCCUACUUUGUUUACCCUGGAGCAUCCCACAACCGCUUUGAACACUCGAUUGGGGUGGCACACUUUGCAGGAGAGCUUGUAAAGGCUCUGAGUACAAGGCAGCCUGAACUCCAAAUCACUACCAGAGACAUCCUUUGUGUGCAGAUAGCUGGUCUUUGCCAUGACCUGGGACAUGGGCCCUUUUCCCAUCUGUUUGAUAAAUUAUUCAUCCCCAAGGCACAGCCAACAAAGACGUGGAAGCAUGAGAAUGCCUCCAUAGCCAUGUUUGACUACCUGGUGAAGCGUAAUAACCUGAAGAGGGAGAAGCAGCAGUGGCCGAGGACGGGACGGGACGGGACCAGGGUCGAGGACGGGACCAGGGCCGAGGCUGAGGCAGAGGACGGGACCAGGGCCGAGGACGAGGCCAGGGCCAAGGACGAGGACAUGGACUUCAUCAAGGAGAUGAUUGCAGGACCUCAGAAAACUAAUGAAGCUCAAUCGUGGCCAUAUAAAGGCCGUCCAGAAGACAAGUCCUUCCUCUAUGAAAUUGUGGCCAACAAAAGAAAUGGUGUUGAUGUGGACAAGUUUGACUACUUUGCCAGGGACUGCCACCACCUGGGCAUCCAGAACAACUUUGACCAUCGCCGCUUUAUGAUGUUUGCUAGGGUGUGUGAGGUGGACGGGCGGAAGCAAAUCUGCACUAGAGACAAGGAGGAGGACAAUAUGUAUGAGAUGUUCCACACAAGGAUGUGUCUCCACAGAAGAGCCUACCAGCACAAAGUGAACACGAUCAUAGAGACCAUGAUCACAGAGGCCUUUUUAAAAGCAGACAAGCACAUCCAGAUAAAAGGCUCAGAAGGGAAGAUGUUCACUCUCUCCACAGCCAUAGAUGACAUGGAGGCCUACACCAAGCUGACAGGACAUGGGCCCUUUUCCCAUCUGUUUGAUAAAAUAUUCAUCCCCAAAGCACAGCCAACAAAGACGUGGAAGCAUGAGAAUGCCUCCAUAGCCAUGUUUGACUACCUGGUGAAGCGUAAUAACCUGAAGAGGGAGAAGCAGCAGGCCGGGGCCGAGGACGGGACCAGGGCCGAGGCUGAGGCCGAGGACGGGACCAGGGCCGAGGACGAGGCCAGGGCCAAGGACGAGGACAUGGACUUCAUCAAGGAGAUGAUUGCAGGACCUCAGAAAACUAAUGAAGCUCAAUCGUGGCCAUAUAAAGGCCGUCCAGAAGACAAGUCCUUCCUCUAUGAAAUUGUGGCCAACAAAAGAAAUGGUGUUGAUGUGGACAAGUUUGACUACUUUGCCAGGGACUGCCACCACCUGGGCAUCCAGAACAACUUUGACCAUCGCCGCUUUAUGAUGUUUGCUAGGGUGUGUGAGGUGGACGGGCGGAAGCAAAUCUGCACUAGAGACAAGGAGGAGGACAAUAUGUAUGAGAUGUUCCACACAAGGAUGUGUCUCCACAGAAGAGCCUACCAGCACAAAGUGAACACGAUCAUAGAGACCAUGAUCACAGAGGCCUUUUUAAAAGCAGACAAGCACAUCCAGAUAAAAGGCUCAGAAGGGAAGAUGUUCACUCUCUCCACAGCCAUAGAUGACAUGGAGGCCUACACCAAGCUGACAGGACAUGGGCCCUUUUCCCAUCUGUUUGAUAAAAUAUUCAUCCCCAAAGCACAGCCAACAAAGACGUGGAAGCAUGAGAAUGCCUCCAUAGCCAUGUUUGACUACCUGGUGAAGAGUAAUAACCUGAAGAGGGAGAAGCAGCAGUAUGGCCUGGUGCUGGCCGAGGACAGGACCAGGGACACCAGGGCCGAGGACGGGACCAGGGCUGAGGCCGAGGGCCGAGGACGGACGACCAGGGCCGAGGCUGAGGCCGAGGCUGAGUGGCCAUAUAAAGGCCGUCCAGAAGACAAGUCCUUCCUCUAUGAAAUUGUGGCCAACAAAAGAAAUGGUGUUGAUGUGGACAAGUUUGACUACUUUGCCAGGGACUGCCACCACCUGGGCAUCCAGAACAACUUUGACCAUCGCCGCUUUAUGAUGUUUGCUAGGGUGUGUGAGGUGGACGGGCGGAAGCAAAUCUGCACUAGAGACAAGGAGGAGGACAAUAUGUAUGAGAUGUUCCACACAAGGAUGUGUCUCCACAGAAGAGCCUACCAGCACAAAGUGAACACGAUCAUAGAGACCAUGAUCACAGAGGCCUUUUUAAAAGCAGACAAGCACAUCCAGAUAAAAGGCUCAGAAGGGAAGAUGUUCACUCUCUCCACAGCCAUAGAUGACAUGGAGGCCUACACCAAGCUGACAGGUCUCAGUAUGGCCUGGUGCUGGCCGAGGACAGGACCAGGGACGAGGACGCGACCAGGGACGAGGACGGGACCAGGGCUGAGGCCGAGGACGGGACCAGGGCCGAGGACGGGACGGGACGGGACCAGGGUCGAGGACGGGACCAGGGCCGAGGCUGAGGCAGAGGACGGGACCAGGGCCGAGGACGAGGCCAGGGCCAAGGACGAGGACAUGGACUUCAUCAAGGAGAUGAUUGCAGGACCUCAGAAAACUAAUGAAGCUCAAUCGUGGCCAUAUAAAGGCCGUCCAGAAGACAAGUCCUUCCUCUAUGAAAUUGUGGCCAACAAAAGAAAUGGUGUUGAUGUGGACAAGUUUGACUACUUUGCCAGGGACUGCCACCACCUGGGCAUCCAGAACAACUUUGACCAUCGCCGCUUUAUGAUGUUUGCUAGGGUGUGUGAGGUGGACGGGCGGAAGCAAAUCUGCACUAGAGACAAGGAGGAGGACAAUAUGUAUGAGAUGUUCCACACAAGGAUGUGUCUCCACAGAAGAGCCUACCAGCACAAAGUGAACACGAUCAUAGAGACCAUGAUCACAGAGGCCUUUUUAAAAGCAGACAAGCACAUCCAGAUAAAAGGCUCAGAAGGGAAGAUGUUCACUCUCUCCACAGCCAUAGAUGACAUGGAGGCCUACACCAAGCUGACAGGACAUGGGCCCUUUUCCCAUCUGUUUGAUAAAAUAUUCAUCCCCAAAGCACAGCCAACAAAGACGUGGAAGCAUGAGAAUGCCUCCAUAGCCAUGUUUGACUACCUGGUGAAGAGUAAUAACCUGAAGUGGGAUAUGCAGCAGUAUGGCCUGGUGCUGGCCGAGGACAGGACCAGGGACGAGGACGCGACCAGGGGCGAGGGGACGGGACCAGGGCUGAGGCCGAGGACGGGACCAGGGCCGAGGACGGGACGGGACGGGACCAGGGUCGAGGACGGGACCAGGGCCGAGGCUGAGGCAGAGGACGGGACCAGGGCCGAGGACGAGGCCAGGGCCAAGGACGAGGACAUGGACUUCAUCAAGGAGAUGAUUGCAGGACCUCAGAAAACUAAUGAAGCUCAAUCGGUCAGUCUUGUAUGGCCAUAUAAAGGCCGUCCAGAAGACAAGUCCUUCCUCUAUGAAAUUGUGGCCAACAAAAGAAAUGGUGUUGAUGUGGACAAGUUUGACUACUUUGCCAGGGACUGCCACCACCUGGGCAUCCAGAACAACUUUGACCAUCGCCGCUUUAUGAUGUUUGCUAGGGUGUGUGAGGUGGACGGGCGGAAGCAAAUCUGCACUAGAGACAAGGAGGAGGACAAUAUGUAUGAGAUGUUCCACACAAGGAUGUGUCUCCACAGAAGAGCCUACCAGCACAAAGUGAACACGAUCAUAGAGACCAUGAUCACAGAGGCCUUUUUAAAAGCAGACAAGCACAUCCAGAUAAAAGGCUCAGAAGGGAAGAUGUUCACUCUCUCCACAGCCAUAGAUGACAUGGAGGCCUACACCAAGCUGACAGAUCAAGUGUUUGAACAAAUCCUCAACUCUUCCUCCAGCGAGCUGCAGGAGGCGAGGGAGAUUCUAAGCAAAAUCGUCUCUCGAAACUUCCCCAAGUUUCUGGGCGAAAUUGAGAAACCCACCCACAAGUGUUUCCCCUUCCUGGAUUGGAAAGAACAAUUGGCUCGAGCCCUCCCUCCGAGGAGUGACAGCCUGACACCAGAAGACUUUGAAGUUCAGGGCAUUACUAUUGACUGUGGAAAGAAAGACAAGAACCCCAUCGACUACAUAUGUUUCUACAGCAAGUAUAACCCUGAGAAAGCAUUCAAGAUGAAGGUGUCCAAGUUUCGGCCAACGCGCUUUUCUGAGCACUCGAUCAGGUUUUACUGUAAGAAGACUGACGACAGCAUUCUGAAGGCUGACAUGAAGAGUUUUGACACGUGGUGCGAAAGCAAAGAACUUUCCAAACUAUCAGUUUAGCUUGACGCACCCGGCGUAGACACAAAACCCGGGUAUUUUUCACCGCCCGAGUGUCUUCGGUGCAGAGCUAUCCGAUCAGCUGUUGCAGUCGACGUGGGAAACAUUACCGGCUGUAG